ACCGAGCACGUCCCGAGUCCUACAUUUCCCAUGAUGCAUCUCGCCGCGGAUGCGGAACUACGUCAUCACCCGUGACCUUGGUCCUCUUCUUCACUUGGUUUUGUAGCAGGCAAAGAGGACGAGCAUGGCGAAUAAAGACCCUGGAAACUUUCUGCAGCAGCUGCGACAGAUCGCGGCCAGGAUGUCGACGGGGCCGCGGGGCGCAGGGACCGGACUCAAGCUCCUGGUCGGGGCGGCAGCUCUGGCCUACGGCGUGAAGGAGGCCACCUACACAGUGGAGGGAGGACAGAGGGCGAUCAUCUUUAACCGGAUCGGGGGGAUGCAGAUGGACACCGUCCUCUCUGAAGGACUCCACUUCAGGAUACCCUGGUUCCAGUACCCCAUCAUCUACGACAUCAGAGCCAGACCCAGGAAGAUCUCCUCCCUCACUGGAAGCAAAGGUCAGAACCAGAACCAGAACCAGAACCAGAACCAGGACCAGAACCAGAACCAGAACCUCUUGUGGUCUCUGCAGGUCUCCCUGUUGAUCCGCAGGGAGCUUUUUGAACGAGCCAAAGACUUUAACAUCAUCCUGGACGACGUUGCCAUCACCGAGCUCAGCUUCAGCCGAGAGUACACGGCAGCUGUGGAGGCCAAGCAAGUCGCCCAGCAGGAGGCGCAAAGGGCUCAGUUCUACGUGGAAAAGGCCAAACAGGACCAGAGGCAGAAGAUCAUCCAGGCUGAAGGAGAAGCUGAAGCUGCAAAGAUGCUGGGUCAGGCCGUGACCAAGAACCCUGGAUACCUGAAGCUGAGGAAGAUCCGGGCGGCACAGAACAUCGCCAAGACGGUGGCGCAGUCCCAGAACAAAGUUUACCUGAGUGCAGACAACCUGGUCCUCAACCUACAGGACAGUCAGAGCUUCAAUUUGUCGGCGUUGAAGUAAGAAGCUCGUGUCAUGGAUCAGAGCAGCGCUGAUGACGAAGAAGAAGAAGAAGAAGAAGAAGAAGCUCCUCCUCCUGUGUUGAAGUUAAACGUUGACGUCACAUUCAAAGACAAACGGACGAUUAGAUGAAGCAGCGACGCUUUCAAAGCUCAAACGUUCAUUAGCUUCUCGUGUUCAGAUCCAGCAUCAAGUUCAGUUUAAAUAAUCAGGACCAAAUAAUAAACGACUAAAUAAGAGGAAUAAUAAUAAGUCUGAUCCGGUCUGGUCCGGUCCGGUCUGAUCCAGUCCGGUCCGGUCUGAUCCAGUCCGGUCCGGUCUGAUCCAGUCCGGUCUGGUCUGUUCUGGUCUGGUCUGUUCUGGUCCGGUCCAGGUCAGAGAUAAACUCUCGUCAUAUUUAUGUCCUUUCACCUGAACUAUUAAAGCUGCGUCUACAUCACAGCAA